AUGCCACACUAUGCAAAAUUCUUGAAAGAGAUAUUGGCAAAUAAAAGGAAAUUGGGAGAUGUAGCUACUGUUGCACUCAAUGAAGAAUGCUCCACAAUCCUCCUCAACAAGCUGCCCCAGAAACUAAAAGAUCCAGGGAGUUUCACUAUCCCUUGUACUAUAGGCAGUUUGAAAAUUGAUAAGGCAUUAUGUGAUCUAGGAGCUAGCAUAAACUUGAUGCCAUAUUUGGUUUUUAAGAAACUAGGAUUAGGUGAACCCCAACCUACUAGAGUUGCAUUGCAAUUAGCUGAUAGAUCCAUAAAGCAUCCUAGGGGAAUCAUAGAAGAUGUGCUUCUUAAAGUAGAAAAAUUCAUCUUUCCAGUUGAUUUCAUUGUAUUAGACAUGCAAGAGGAUGUUGAUGUUCCUCUUGUCCUAGGGAGACCUUUCCUAGCUACGGGGAAGGUUAGCAAGUUGGCCAACCCCCUUGACCUUUGCAUACAAGAGGGAGGAGCUGCAAGGGAAGAAAAUGAGGAGAUUCAAAGCAUGCCAGCAUACCUGAAUGCCAAUCCACAAAUUCAAGGCAAGGAAUUUCUGAAGUUGGAGAGCUUGGACAGACUACCAAUCAGCACCAUCCAAGAGGAGUUUCCGAAUGAACAGCUCUACUCCAUUAAGGUAGAUUCUACACCUUGGUAUGCUGAUUUUGCAAAUUAUCUUGCUGGACAUGUUAUCCAUUUGAACAUUUCAUAUCAGCAGAAGAAGAAAUUCUUCUCUGAUGYGAAACACUAUUUGUGGGAGGAUCCCUUUUUGUACAAGAUAUGUGCAGAUUAG